CAGGACACCGCAGACCCCAGGAUCAAAGAGGCUCAUGGGAAAUCCUGGUCCUUGUAGGCAGUGUCCUGGUCCAGAUGAUCCUGGGGUCAGCGACCAGCUGGACACACCGCCUACAACACCGAAAACUCCAGGACCAGCGAGCAGCAGAACACACCUACUCGCUGUAGAGAAAAGGCUCAUGGGAAAUAGGACACCGCCUACAACACCAAAGGCCCCAGGACCAGCGAGCAGCAGGACACCGCAGACCCCAAGGAACCCCAGGGGUCUUUGGGGUCUACGGCAGGACACCGCCAGCAGGACACUGCCCACAACACAACCAAAGAGGAGCAGCAAGACACCGCCAGCAGGACACCGCAGACCCCAGGAUCAAAGAGGCCCAUGGGAAAUCCUGGUCCUUGUAGGCAGUGUCCUGGUCCAGAUGAUCCUGGGUUCAGUGACCAGCUGGACACACCGCCUACAACACCAAAAAAAACCAGGACCAGCGAGCAGCAGAACACAGCUGCUCGCUGUAGGUGGUGUCCUAGUCCUUGUAGGCAGUGUCCUGGUCCAGAUGAUCCUGGGGUCAGCAAGUAGCUGGACACACCCCCUACAACACCGAAAACCCCAGGACCAGCUAGCAGCAGAAGACCACUGUUUUCUUUGUCAUUCCCACAAUUUUCUUCCUCCGAAGCCCAAUAACUUAUCAAGUACAUAGAGUCACUUAUAGAGGUUGAGAGGUGGUAGUGGAGGUAGUGGUUAUAGUGAACCAUAAAGUGAGCGAGCUGAAUGUUCUAAAGCAGGGGUCUUCAACCUUUUUCAGGCCAAGGACCCCAAAUAGAGAGAUCGAGCAGGGACCCCUUACCCCCCUAUAUUUUAUAAAAUUAGGUAGAGGGUCAGCCUGUGGGGAGUAGCAGUGUUGGUAGACUUUUAAUGUUUAAACCCUUGCAGUGUUAGAAGUGUCUUCUAGUGGGCACCAGGUGAGCAAAUAGUGUCAGUAUAAGCAGGUUGCGAUAGAAUCUCCCCACAGUGAGUACUCUACCCUUGUUUUAAACUUUUAUUGUUGUAUUCA